UUUUUUUUUCUUUCCUCCUCAUUCUUUCUGCUUCUCCUUUUCCCUUCUUUGUGAUCUGUUUUCUCGAAUUUCAUCUCUUGUUCACUUUGCUCAUUCAAAAAGGCAUUCAAAUACACUUUAUUUCUUUUUUUUCCUUUUUUUGCUCACUCCUCACUCCAUAAUCUUUUAGCCCUAUUAGUUGCCACAUUUACCUACACUGUUCCUACUAAUUAACUUACCACUGCUUAUCGAUCUUAUCAAAACCAACAUCGCUUGUUCGUAUAACCUACCUUGCUUAUGCUUGACUGUGACGAAAACAUCACCUUGGUACAUGCACAGGAAGAACCUAGUGGAGGUGACUGGACAUCCAAUUUUAUUGCAGGGACAAUAGGAGGUAUAGCAGGAUUGUGUGUUGGCCAUCCAUGGGACACCGUAAAAGUUAGGCUACAAUCCAAAGAACUAGCUAGUAGAUAUUCAGGGACAUGGAACUGCUUCACUACAAUAUUGAGACAAGAGAAGGUGAAGGGUCUCUAUAAAGGCAUGGCUUCUCCAAUGGUCGGAGUUGCAUUGGUAAAUGCACUGCUAUUUGGCGUGUACGGCUUCUUCAUGGACAUCCAGAUGGCCAAUCCAAAUGACGAUCCCACGCUGACACAGAUUUUCCUGGCUGGCACAGGAUCUGGUGUCGUCAAUAGCUUUAUCAGCUGUCCGAUGGAACUAUCAAAAAUUCGCCUGCAAAACCAAGACCAAGUGGCUGGAUCUCGUGGUUCUUCAGGAGGCACUUUCUAUAAAGGGCCAAUGGAUUGCUUUAAGCAAACAUACCGUCAGGGUGGCCUUCGAGCAUGCUAUCGUGGGCUAUGGUCCACAAUCCUACGCGAAACAUCAUAUGGCCCUUACUUUCUGAGCUACGAAAUCUUCUGUAGAGCGUUGACACCAGAAGGCCAGCGCACGCAAGAUUUAUCAAGCGCAAGGCUUGUUGUCGCAGGAGGGUUUGCAGGAAUCGCGGGUUGGAUGAGCACUUACCCCACAGAUGUGAUCAAGACUAGGAUCCAAUCACAGCACGAUUCAAUAUCUAAAUCAAAACAGUUUAGAGGAGUAUGGGAUUGUACUAAGCAACUAUACAAGGAAGAAGGGUUCCGAGUCUUUUUUAGAGGUGUCAACGCUACGGUCAUCCGAGCCUUUCCUUGCAAUGCAGCUACAUUCUUGGUCUACUCGCUUGCUAUGCGAAGCUUAAUGCCAGCAUCCAACGAAGCACUGGCAUGAAUGAAGUAAUAAAUUUUGUGUUGUGUGACUGUGUG